AAAAUAAAAGAACGUAACUAAAUAUUUGUACCCAUAGAAGUUCCAAAAAAUAAUUUCACAAUAAAAUAUUCCAUUAAAUGUCCAAAAUGUCUACGGUAUACGAUGCAAAUGCUAAAAUUUGGCAGGGCUGGCAACGAAAUGAUGAGCCACUGGAUGAAAAUGUGUCUGUGGGUGAGUGGGCUUUGCGUAUGAUGCGUAAUAAAUCAUCGAAUGAAACAUGUCAAAUUAGCGAUCCAGACAAUGCAAAUUUAACAUAUCACGAGGCUCUCACACAGGCCAUACAACUGGCUAAACAGAUGCGUAAAUGGCAGUUGACUUGUUAUGAUAUCAUUGGCAUUGUUGCAACAAACAGCAAGUAUCUGAUGCAAAUCAUAUUGGCCGCCUGGUUCAAUGGUCUCGCCUUUCAUGCCAUCAAUCCCGAGGAGAAAGUAGAGGCAAUUCAUUAUUUGCUAAACAAAACCAAACCGAAGGUUAUAUUUUGUGAUGGUUUGUAUUUGGAUAAAUUACAAAAUACUCUACAUUCAUGGUAUCCCAUUGUUUGUACGGUGUGUAAUCAUGUCGACGAUAAUUUGGAUGUCAUUAGUAUAGAGGAUCUUUUGAGGACGCAGGAGGAGGAGGAGGAAUGUACAGAUUUAUUUUGUACAGAACCUUUGAAGGAUGGCUGUGAUCAAACUAUGGCGAUAUUGUGCUCCUCGGGUACAUCUGGUCUACCGAAAUGUGUUCGUAUAACAAAUAAAAUGUGUCUUACGGAUUAUGGCCUUCUUUCCGAAAAAUCUCUAACGGUCUUCACAUUUUGCAACAUUGACUGGAUUUUUGGUUUCUAUGGACUCUUAAGCAGCCUACUACAUGGAAACUUACGCAUCAUAACCUCUCAACCCUAUACACCCGAGUACAUGACCCACAUAAUCUGCAGAUAUAAAGUCAACUGUUUACUGGCAACAUCCAAUCAAAUCUCACAAUGCAUUAACUUCCAACCUGAAUUGCUACAAUCCUUAAAAUUCAUUCUUAUCUCCGGAUCUUCUUGUUUCAAAGCUAACUUACAACAAAUACGUUCCACACUCCAGCAUACAACUGUGAUAAAUAUCUAUGGCACUUCUGAAUGUGGCGGCAUAGCAGCCAAUUUUGGUGACUACAAAAUGAAAUCAGUGGGUCAACUGUUUUCCAAUGUGGAAUUAAAAAUUGUGGACGAAGCCACUGGUGAGAAGUUGGGCCCCUAUGAAAUAGGGGUUUUAUGUGUGAAGAAUAAUUUCCAUGCCAAUGAAACAGCUUAUUAUGGUGAUGUGGGAGCUUUUUAUAAAAUUUUAGAUGCUGAGGAUUUUAUCAUAACUGGUGAUUUGGGUUUUAUGGAUCCAGAGCACUAUUUGUACUUAUCGGAUCGUCGUGAAAUUGUCUUGCAAUAUCAAAAUCUCUACUAUUCUCCUUAUGAAUUUGAGGUAAUUGUGGCUGAAAUGCAAGGAGUUCAAGAUGUAUGUGUUGUGGGUGUCCAAGAGGAGGGCAAGGGUGAUGUACCAGCUUGUGUGAUAGUGAAGAAAGAGAAAUGUAUUCUUAACUCAAGAGAUGUGUUGAAUUAUGUAAAUUUAAGAAGAGACUCUUUGCAUAAUUGUUUUGAUUAUGGCGUGUUUUUUGUUAAGGAAAUUCCACGAAAUCACAAUGGAAAAGUAUUAAUCAAGGAGGUGGUGGAAAUGUGUAGACAUUUUAAAACUUAAGAAAAAAGACUGACUAUUUAAUAAGUAUUCGUAAAAUAAUGAUAAAAAAAUAACAAAUAAAUAUUUAUUAAAACAAAAGUUUUCAUACCAA